AUGCUGCUUAUUUGUCUAGCGCUUGCUCUGAUCGGAACCUACUGUUCUAUCUGCUGGUUGUACGAUAAUCUCCGAACGCCCGUAUCACUUCUCCUGCACGGCCUACUGCAGACUCUUCUACCAAAACAAACGUUUACCGAAAAGUACGGAGAAUGGGCUGUUAUCACCGGUGCGUCGGACGGAAUCGGGAAGGGCUACGCGGACUAUCUCGCCCAAAAGCGCAUGAACAUUGUGCUGAUUGCUAGAAACGAGCAGAAAUUAAACCGUGUGGCUACCGAACUCACCCGGAAGUACCCGAUCAGAACGAAAAUUGUCGUUGCGGACUUUACCGAAAGGCAGGAAGCCCUGUACGACCAUCUUGCCCAGGAAUUGCUGCCACUGGAUGUUGGUAUUCUGGUGAAUAAUGUCGGGUUGUCAUACGAGCGUGCCAUGUGCGUUGAUGAGUUGCCCAGGAAAACUGUAUGGGAUCUCCUAACCGUGAAUGUAGCAUCGGUUACGCUGCUUUGCCAUAUGUUGGUGCCAUCAAUGAAGCAGCGUCGCAGAGGAUUAAUUGUUAACAUCUCAUCCCUUUCGGCUUCAGCUCCUGCUCCGUAUCUUACGGUUUAUUCAGCAUCUAAGGUUUACGUCCGUAAUUUCUCAAUGGCACUGCGGGAAGAGUUGCAUCCUUUCAGUGUCCAGGUACAGACAGUUUUGCCCGGUUUUGUCCGCACAAAUAUGACAGCGUUUGUUGCAACCGAGCAUAAAGAGAGACAAGUCUCGAGGCAUCUGGUGCAGGUGGAUGAUUACCUACGAUACGCAGGUUUCACAAUCGGCAAAACAGAUCGCACUUGUGGUUACUGGACGCACGGGCUGCAGUACGCCGGGCUGAAGCUCGUACCGGAAUGGGUCGGCUUGUUUGUGAUGAAGACGAUAUACAAGAGUUUGCGAGUCCAAGCGGUCGGAGGUGUUGAGAAAGAUGAUUAA